AUGUACCAUCCGGGGGACGAAUUCAACGAUUCCUACCAGGAAGGCGACGUGCUCGGGAAGGGCCUCCACAGACGGGCAACGACGCUCACGCGGAAGAAGACGUUCCAGACGAGAAACCUCACGGAGGCGCCGAAGAUGCGCUACACAAAGACGAUCAAAAAGGCAAAGCUCAUCAACGGGAACUUUGUCUUGGACUGUCCCGUCCCCAAGACGCUCAUUGACACCUACGGACUGGCGAAGAACGGAGGAAGCGGUGCGUCGCGGGAGUUUGGGUUCAUGCGCUACCAAGCGGUCACGUGUGGGCCGUCCAACUUCCUGUCCUUCAGUUUCGACGUUCGUCAGAACAUGUACACGCCUCAGCGGCCGACGGAGAUCCUUAUCUGCAUCACCAUGUAUAACGAAGACGAUGUUUUACUCGGGAAAACGCUCAAGGGUGUGUUUGAAAACAUUGAAUACUUGUGUCUGCUCAAUAACUCAGCCACAUGGGGUCCCGAUGCGUGGCGCAAAAUUGUCGUGUGCAUUGUGGCUGAUGGGCGUGUGAACUUGAACCCGCGCACGCAGGCGUUGCUCGCAUCGCUCGGGUGCUACCAGGACGGGUUUGCCAAAUCCAAGAUCAAUGAAAAAAAUGUCAAGGCGCAUGUCUACGAGUACACGACCCCCGUAGGCAUCCACUCAAUCAAUGACCGCGUGCAUUUGGAGCCGGCCCGCAACCCCGUUCAGCUUUUGUUCUGCUUGAAGGAAAAGAAUGCGAAAAAAAUCAACUCCCAUCGUUGGGCGUUUCAGGCGUUCUGCCCCCUUAUCGAGCCAAAGAUCGUGGUGCUCUUGGACACGGGUACGCAGCCUUCGCGGAAAUCGAUCUACCACUUGUGGCGUGCGUUCAAUGACGAAAACGUCGCGGGUGCGUGUGGCGAGAUCAAGGCCGCGCUCGGGCCCGGCAACCGCUUGCUCCUCAACCCGUUGGUGGCGGCGCAGAACUUUGAAUACAAGAUUUCCAACAUCUUGGAUAAGCCGAUGGAAUCAGCGUUUGGGUUUAUUUCCGUGCUUCCCGGUGCCUUUUCUGCGUACCGCUAUCGCGAGUUGUUGAACGACGACAAGGGGAAAGGGCCGUUGGAGAAAUACUUCAAGGGAGAGUUUUUGCACGAGGGGGCUCAACCGGAAGAGGAUGACGAUGAAAAGAUGUUGAAGGAUCGAAACUACGAGGAAGGUGGGAUCUUCACUUCCAACAUGUAUCUCGCGGAGGAUAGAAUCUUGUGCUACGAGCUUGUUGCUAAGCGCAAGAGGUCGAACGUGUUGCGGUAUGUCAAGGCCGCUUCGGCUGAAACGGACGUUCCAGAGGCUCUCGAUGAGUGGAUUCUCCAGCGCCGGAGAUGGCUCAACGGCUCGUUUUUCGCAGCUACGUACUCCAUUGUGCACUUUCACAAGAUUUGGAUCACACGCCAUUCGUUACUCAGCAAGCUCAUGUUCCAGGUCCAGUUCUUCUACCAGGUAGUGUCGCUUCUCGUGUCCUGGUUCUCGCUUGGCUCCUUUUUCCUCGUGUUCCGCAUCUUGACCGCGAAUUUGGGCGAGUCCGACAUGCACUUUUCUGUGGGCAAGUACCUCGCGAUGAUCUUCCUUUGGCUCUAUAUCGGGUCGGUGGUUUCCUCUUUUGUGUUGUCCUUCGGGAACAAGCCGCGCGGGACAAAAAAGUUCUACAUGAUAAUUGUCUGCGUCUUUGCUGUGCUCAUGGCGUACAUGAUCUUUGCGGCGGUGUACCUCGCGAUAUACGCGGUCAAAAGCGUUGUUGACAGCCCUGACACUAUUACGUUCAUGUAUCUCUUCAAAAACGAGCGUUUCCGUGACUUAGUCAUCUCGUUGGCCUCCACCUACGCGCUCUACUUCGCGGCAUCCUUCAUCUACGGUCAGCCGGCUCACAUGUUCACCUCCUUUGUCCAGUACCUCUUGCUUUCCCCGGCGUACAUCAACGUGCUUAACAUUUACUCCUUCUGCAACAUCAACGAUGUUUCCUGGGGUACCCGUGGCGAGGCGUCCGCGAAGGACUUAGGGACUGCGCGCAUCAGUGAAAAGUCCGGCGAGUUGGUCACCAUCGCGCCCGCGUUCCAAGCCGAGAUCGAGGACGCGUACACGACCCAUUUGGAGUCCUUGAACACGUCGCCGCCAUCGGUUGUGAUCAUCCCUGCCGCCCGAAAGCUCCGUGACGAUGACUACUAUGCCAUGGUGCGGUCUGCCACCGUGUUGGCCUGGAUGGUUACGAAUGGGAUCCUCAUUAUCAUCGUUCUCCAGACCGGCGGUAUUGAUGCCUUGACCAAUGGCAAAACUACCACCACUAACACCAGUAACACUCAGAUCUUUUUAACGAUCAUCUUGUGGAUUGUCGCCUUUUUGGCUGUGUUCCGUUUCAUUGGCUGUAUUGUGUAUUUGCUCUUUGGCGCGGCCAGACCGUUGAAGUGGAGGUUGAAGGCGCGUUUCCGCAAGCGUGAAGUACUUUCAUAA